AUUCAAUCAAAUUUUAUAAAUCAUCAAAAUUUCCCGUAUCAUUUUUAGUUAUUUAGCAUGAAUAAAAUAAUCCGUUCUAUCAUCAGCCACUUCAGAUGUUGGCCCGUUAGGCGUUAUCUGGUCGUUUUGCCCGAUCACAAUCAAAUACGAAAGCAGCUCAAAUUAGAGGAUCUGAGAACGGAUCGUGCAUUUCUGGAUAUGCAUUCCCAUGAGCUCUCUAUUCAGCAAAAACGCGUUGAGGGACAACUGACCGAUUUAACACGUUGCAUUCGGGGCAUGGAGUUCGAUGUGAAGGUGAAUGCCAAUCUGGAAAACAAGGGGAAGAAACAGGGAAGUGGAAGCGAUAAGAAAUCAUCUAAAGUCGGUGAUUUUAGCGAAUAG